UCCUCUCCUAACAAUAUAUCAAGAGAUUGUAAAAAAAAAAAAAUUGAUCAGGUUCGAGUGUGUUUGUUGCCUGCUACGAGAACCGAAGAUCUCCAAUAAUGUCAACCAAUCUGAAGUAUUGUCAUGCGCUAUUGAUGGCUGUGUUAUGGAUUAUGCACUUUGAGAUCACGAUUCGAGCUUCUUUAAAUGACAUUACGUCAUUAAAAGUUUUGCGAGAUUCUCUUAUUCCGAGUAAAUAUGCCAUUCCAGAAUGGUUCAACACAAGUAUUUAUCCUUGUGAUUGGACCGGGAUCACUUGUGAUGAUAAAAAAGUUAUUAAGAUUGAUUUAUCAUGUGCACAUCAGCCUCUCAGUCUUCCAUUUCCAAAAUCCAUUGGACAAUUUAGAUCACUGAUUUACUUAAACAUCAGGCAUUGCAAUCUUAGUGGUGCUAUAUAUCCAACCAUUUGGAGUCUAGAAAAUCUUGAAGAAAUGGACUUCACGGGAAACAAGUUAAAUGGAACGCUACCUGCAGCUAUAUUGGGUCUACGAAAGGUAAGAGUGAUUGUGCUUGAUGAAAAUGCAUUUUGGGGUAGUCUUCCAUCAACAAUUGGCGAGCUCAAAGAGCUUCAAAUACUCUCUCUUCGUUCAAACUCAUUUUCACAAGAACUUCCUAAGGAGAUCGGGAACCUUGAGAAGUUACAGACCUUGGAUAUUAGUUUCAAUUUUUUCUCCAGUAACCUUCCUUCCAAUAUGGCAAAUCUAAGAGAAAUCCUGCAUUUUAAAGCUCAUCAUAACAAUCUUUCUGGGUUGAUAUUCUCGGAGAUUGGAAACUUGAAUAAGCUUAGGACUCUUAAUCUUGCAAGGAACAUGUUGACUGGACCAUUGCCUGCAACACUUGGAAAUCUUACAACCCUUGAAAUUAUUAAUCUUAAAGGGUGCAAGUUCAUAGGAAAGAUCCCUGAAGAAAUUUUUCAGCUAAGAAGCUUGAUUAAAUUGAACUUCGCACACAAUGAGUUUGAAAGUGAGCUUCCUUCGAGUAUUGGCGGGCUAAAAACUCUUAUUUAUCUUAUCAUGCCGAAUGCAGGGUUGACAGGAAGGAUUCCUAUAGAAUUAGGAAAUUGUACAAAGUUGAAGAUCAUCAAUCUUUCCUUCAAUUCAUUGUUUGGUCCACUACCUACUAGCCUUGGAGGUAUAGAAUUUCUGCGCUCAUUCGAACUUGAUGGGAAUCAUAUAUCAGGAUUAUUCCCGAAUUGGAUUUCUAAUUGGACGCGGUUAGAAUCGUUACAAUUGUCAAAUAAUCUCUUAACAGGGACAUUCCCUCCAAUUAACCUUCCUUAUAUAUCUUUCAUUGAUAUUACCGCCAAUGGAAUCUCUGGUUACUUACAUGGAGAAAUUUGUAGUGCUAAGUCAUUGAACACCAUUUGGUUUUCAAGCAACUUUUUCAAUGGUCAAAUUGAUAGUACCUUUAGAAAUUGCUCAAGGCUCAAAAACUUGGAUUUGUCUCAAAAUGAUAUUUAUGGCGAGCUCCCUCCUUACCUAGGAGAACUUCAAUUGGUUACCUUGGAACUAUCAAAAAAUAAUCUUUCUGGAACAAUUCCAGAUCAAAUAUGGGACUCAAAAACGUUGAUGGAGUUAUCUCUUAGUUAUAAUAUGCUCGAAGGUCCCCUUUCAAUAAAGAGUGAUGCACUUUCACCAUUACGUACGUUGCAGCUAGAUAAUAAUCGUUUUGAGGGAAGAAUUCCACGUACAAUCAGAAAUUUAAAGAAUCUAAUGCAUCUUUCUCUUCAUGGAAAUAAGUUUGUAGGACAAAUUCCAUUGGAGCUUUUCAACUGUACGAAGCUGGUGUAUUUGGAUCUAAGUGAUAAUGAGUUUUCUGGCCAUGUUCCAAAGUCUAUAUCUCAACUGAAACAUAUUGUCACCUUGUUUCUCUCAUACAACCGAUUCUCAGGAUCAAUACCAGGUGAAAUAUGUGCAGGAUUUCAAAAUGUGCCAUUACCAGACUCUGAGUUCAUCCAACAUUAUGGUAUGCUUGACCUUUCCAACAAUGAAUUCUCUGGGCCUAUUCCUACAUCAAUACAACAAUGUGUCAUACUUAAAGAGUUAUUCCUACAACGGAACAAACUCUAUGGCACUAUUCCAUAUGAAAUCUCAAGCCUAGAAAGUCUAACCAACUUGGACUUAUCCUUCAAUUCCUUAACAGGCCCUUUGGUCCCUCAAUUGUUCUUCAUGAAGAAUCUCCAAGGCAUGCAUCUCUCACACAAUAAAAUUUGGGGAUUGAUUCCAGAAAAUAUAGGACAAAAAAGGAUGAGCUUAUUCAAAGUUGACAUCUCACAUAACUUGUUGACAGGUCCCUUGCCAUCUUCUAUUUUUACUAUUGAAAGCUUAACAUAUUUGGAUGUCAGCAUGAAUGGAUUUUCAGGUUCUAUCUCACUUAAUAUUGGUCAAUCUAGCUCAUUGUUGUUUCUGAAUGCAAGCAACAACAACUUUGAUGGAUCCCUUGGUGCAUCAGUCUCCAACCUAACUUCUCUUAUCACCUUAGACCUACAUAACAACUCCAUCACCGGAACAUUACCUCAUUCCCUUUCCAUCCUUAUUGCAUUGACAUAUUUGGACAUUUCUAAUAACAAGUUUCAAGGCUCAUUUCCAUGUGCUGUAUGUAUGAUUACAGGGAUUACUUUCACAAAUUUUUCUACAAACAAUUUUGUAGAUGAAGCACCUGUAAGCUGCAUAAAUUCUAGCCUGUAUUGUUUAUUACAUGAAGACACAUCCGAUCUCCAAUCUGGAAAUGGUCUUUCACCUCCAAAAUCUUUGGCUUAUCCCUCGCUUUUUGAAAUCACUCUUGGAACGCUUUUUCUUUCAUUUGUUGUGUUAAUUUCAAUCAUCACCCACAAAUUUUUGAAACAAAAAGAAGAAACCAUAAACAGAGAUACAAUGGCAACUACUAAGAUUGAGAAAAGAGACGAUUUCCAUGUAGAUGAUCAUAUUCAAAUAAGGAAGACCAAGGAGCCCCUAAGCAUCAAUAUUGCUUUAUUUGAGCAUAAAUUGUUGAGGUUCAAUCACAAAAAAGUGUUACUAGCUACAGAAAAUUUUAAGAGUAGCUAUAUAAUUGGAAGUGGUGGCUUUGGAAUAGUAUACAAAGGAGCACUAUCAAGUGGACGGAAAAUUGUUGUUAAGAGGCUUUAUGGAAAUUGUGAGAUGAUCGGGGACCGCGAAUUCUUUGCUGAAAUGGAAACACUUGGAAAGGUUCACCAUGAGAACCUAGUACCCUUGGUAGGUUAUUGUGUGUUUGAAGAUGAGAGGUUCUUGAUUUAUGAUUACAUGGAGAAUGGGAGCUUGGAAGCUUGGCUUAGGAGCGGAGCUCAUUCAACGGGAGGAAUCUUUUGGACAACACGAUUCAAUAUAUGUCUUGAUUCUGCUCGUGGGCUAGCUUUCCUCCACCAUGGUGUUGUGCCACACAUUAUCCAUAGAGACAUCAAAUCUAGCAACAUAUUGCUCGAUAAAAAUUUCAAAGCACGACUGUCAGAUUUUGGGCUUGCGAGGACCAUAAGUGCAUGUGAGAGUCAUGUUAGCACAAUGCUAGCUGGAACAUUUGGGUAUAUACCACCCGAAUAUGGGCAAAAGAUGGUUGCAACAACAAAAGGAGACGUAUAUAGCUUCGGAGUGGUGAUGUUGGAGAUUGUGACAGGGCGUGCACCGACUGGACAAGCAGAUGGUGAGGGUGGAAAUCUUGUUGGUUGGGUUAAAUGUAUGGUGCAAGAAGGAAAAGAAUUUGAUGUGUUGGACCCAUGCUUCUCGAGAUCCUCAAUCACAUCAAGAGAUCAAAUGUUAUGUGUUCUGCACAUAGCCCGAUUGUGUACAUGUGAUGAACCCUCAAAGCGGCCAACCAUGCUUCAAGUUCUUAAAUUUCUUAAUGUUGCUAAACUUUGAUGUGAAAAAGUGUUUCACAUAUGUUUGAUGUAUUGUUUUUUCAAGUUGUUUAAAUUCUGCUUUAUGUUUAAUUUUUUUAAUGUUGC